AUGCCGAAGAAAAAGAAUAGCAAGAGGUUUAAUCAAACCCUGGAUAUUGACUUUAGAUAUGCAAAUACCAGUGCAAAUGGCAUUGAGGCCGAUCCAGCCGUUGCUGCUUUAUCUUCUGAGGAGAAGAUGAGGUUGCAUCAAAUGAAGGCUAAUCUCCCAUCUGCUCCGCAGGCAGUCCGUAUUGAAGAAGAUGUUGCAAAAAUUCCAGAUUCUGGCCCAUUCCGUGUAGCGAUGAGUAAUGUUCCUUACACCGCUAGAAGAGCCGAUAUUGAGGGAUUUUUUCAUCCUCUCGUGCCCUUGUCUAUCAAUAUGGAUGAUAGUGGUCAAAAUCACGGGUUCUGUACCGUUGAUUUUGCGUCAAAGGUAGAUCUAAUCGAGGCAUUGCGGAAAAAUGAUACUGCCUUAAUGACCCGUAAUGUUUCAAUCCGCAUUGCGAAUUCCAGCGAUAACAGAGGAUCCUAUGGCUCUCGCAGCGAUUUUGGAAGCCGAAGAAAUUACGGCGGUCGCUCCGAUGGGGGAAGUGAAGGCCAAUCAUCUGGUGGUUGGGUUCGUCGGUCUGUAAACUUACAAAAAUCACCGCCACUAACCCAAGCGUCCCAGGGUUCAAUGACGUCAUCAGGUUUCCGUCGUUCAAACCCAGGAGCACCUUCUGGGGCUACUACUGCCCCUCCCAUGGAACGUCCAAAAAUUAAUAUCUUGCCUCGAACUAAACCCCUAAACGCGGAGGAAACUGAGGCAGCAGCUGUCAGUGAUCGCCAGAAGGCGAUUUUCGGAGCAGCAAAGCCUGUCGACAUUGUUGCUCGUGAGCGUGAGAUCGAGGAGGUAUCAUCGUCGGAAGUGGGUGACAUCAAUAAUAGCGAGCAGCCACAAGAGGCACCACAGAAAACAGGAAAUACCCCACGUAAAAAUGCUUGGGUUAAACCUCUUGUUCCCCCCAAGAACUAG